AUGGAAAAGGACCGGGUCAAGGAGGGUCCCCUGGGUCGCCCCACAUGUGAGGGAUUCCCAUUCAUAUAGGGCACCAUGAUGGCGCACCCGUUGUCUCCUGUCAGUCACAAAUCCAUGGGACUAUUUCAGGCCUCACCCCCAUUGACAGGAUAUUUUUGAUGACAGUAGUUAACCCUGUUAAAUGCUUUACUCAUCAAUGUAAAUGUGUCAGAGUUGGCUAUGAAACUAAAUUACAUCUGUAAAUUACAUCUGUAGUCGCUACUAGUUUUGUUGUUUUCUGGAUCAUGCCUCAGUAUCUCUAGGGCCAAGAGCACAUGAGAGUAACACCCAUAAAAUAUGCAGAUAGACAUCCUGUCAGUGGUUACUCUGACACAGUUGGCGACUAUUCAGGCUUUUCUCUCAACACUCUACACCGUAAACAGUUUAGAGAGGACACCUCUCCAUAAAUAUCUAAUGAGCUUGACCUUGCAUGUAUUUCACCCCUACUAGGUUCUCGCAUUGCCAGCUGGCUGCCCAGUUUCUCAGUGGAAGUGAUGCACACAACCAACAUCCUAGGCAACGUACAACAGGCCAACAACUCCCAGCUCAAUGCCAUGGUCAGUGUUCAUGGGAUCCAUCCAUUACUUGGGUGUUUUUGCUAGUGACUCAUUAGAUUUUUGUUACCUUUCACCUGUCCUAUGUCAGUAACAAUGAAGAAAAUGAGGUAAAGAAAGGAGGCUACAUUGAUGUUUGAAGUAAUGAUACAUCUCCUCUCUUACUAUCUUUAGGCCCAUCAGAUUGGGGAGAUGUUUAAUCAGGUUCCCUACCAUCUGGUGCUGCAGGACCUGCAGCUGACCCGCUCUGUAGAGGUCACCACUGACAACAUCCUAGAGGGACGCAUCGUGGUGCCUUUCCCCACACAGGUCAGUCAAUCCCACACUGCUACAGGUAACUCCACAAGCUGGUUGUGUGUCUGCUUGUGUGGUCUCCUUGGAUGGUACAUUAACAUAAGGAAGGGCUAAAAUAGAGUUCGGGGUCAAUUCAUCCCAUGAGGCGAUACCCAAAAUGUCUUGAGAAAAGCCGCCUUGGGACACUUAACUUAAACAUUAAGUUUAGAGCAUACUUGACUAAAAUGUCUGCUGUCUCCCUCUCCAGCCUGUGGAUCACUCCGCCUCCCAGGUCAGCCUCUCCCCACAGGAUGUGGGCGGGGCCAGCGGGAGUUCAGAGUUCAUGACCCCUGAGAUGGAGGACUUUGAGGUCAGAGGCAGCUGCUUCUCCAAGUCAGCCGAGGAGAGACAGAAGAUACUGCUGCAGAGGAAAGAUGAGCUACUGCUACGCGCACAGAGGUAUUGGAUCUGCUCAUUUAAAGUUAAAAAAAGAAAACACUGUUUUCCAUAGACUUCAAUGGAACACUUCCAGUUCCUAACCUGCUAGCCUGGAUUUCAAAUUAUUAUCUAUUAUGGGUGGCGUGAAUUGUGCAAAUUGUCUAUUUUUCAUAAUAUUUACUACCUUUCUAUGCUCUGUGCACACUUGUCUAUUGAUGUUUUUUUUUAAAUAUAUAUUUGUCCUGUAUGCUACCAUGUGCUUUGUCCAUUUCAUGCUGCUCUAUUCCAUUUAAUUCCAUUUAGGUCAUUGUUUCUCUCAUGCUCUCCCUCAACCACAACCCUAACCCUAGCUUCAUGUCCACAUCCCGGCUCAACCCUAGCUUCAUGUCCACAUCCCAGCUGAACCCUAGCUUCAUGUCCACAUCCCGGCUCAACCCUAACCCUAGCUUCAUGUCCACAUCCCGGCUCAACCCUAACCCUAGCUUCAUGUCCACAUUCCGGCUCAACCCUAUCCCUAGCUUCAUGUCCACAUUCCGGCUCAACCCUAACCCUAGCUUCAUGUCCACAUCCCGGCUCAACCAUAACCCUAACCCUAGCUUCUUGUCCACAUACCGGCUCAACCCUAACCUCAACCAUAACCCUAACCCUAGCUUCUUGUCCACAUCCCGGCUCAACCCUAACCCUCAACCACAACCCUAA